AUGCAAUCUCCAUACGUACAAGAAAGACUACAAGCUUUAGAAAUUGUGGAUUUGAAACUUUGUUCUAUCCUUCAAGAAGCAUCACAAGUGGUAUCCACAUACAGUAAGAUUAAGAAAGGAAAUCAACAAUUAAGACCUCAAUUUGCUAGACAUGUCACACAGUUGUAUAAUGAUCUAGGAUACGUAUCAAAAGAGUUAAGACAAGAGAUUAAAUAUUUGAAUGAAAAUGUUGGGAAAAGACUGCUGCCUAUUAAUAAUGUAAAUAAAAGAGCUAUACACCAAGAUGAUGAUAAACUAAAAGAACAGAUAAAAAUUUUAGAUCAGUUACUUAAAGCUCAUUCAGAUGAAAAUCCAAGUAAUUGA